AUGAAAGGAGAAAUUAUUAAUGAAACCACACCUGUUGGCCGUGUUUAUAGAAAUAAAAUAAUUGAAAAGGAGUGAGUAUUACGUACUUAAUUUAUUAUUUGACCCUAUGUAUACCAGAAGUAGUAACUGAUAAUUAGGGUACAAAUGUUAUAUUGGUGUUUUUGAACAUAGGUAUAGGUACCUACCUACAUGGUUGACAUGUUUAACUCAUUAAAGCUUGACUCCCGUAAUUGAAAUAGUGGGAUACAUGUUUUAGUAUGUACAUUCAAUUUUUUUUUUUUUUUUUUUUUAUUCUUCCGAGAAGAUUAUUGGCCUCGCUGACCAUAUUCGUGUAGAAUAUACACGUGAGAUCUUAUAAUUAACAUUCGCAAUAUUUAUUUCUAAAACUCAAAUUGCAUAAUACAGUUAAUAAGGCUUAGUAUGGAUAAACGAGAAAAUAUUUGAUUGAUUCCUGUGACGAGUUUUAAGAAUCUGCAGCUUGUUGAAGCGGCCCCUCGGUUAGGAAAUCUUUUAAGUUUCUUAAGUUUAGGAGGUGUAAUUCUUAAUAACAGUCUAUUUAACAUAAAAAGCUCAACAAAAUAAAUCGAAGAUUAGGUGAAAGCUUUGCAUGUACUAGAAACAAUGAUAUUAUUUAAUUUAUAUAGAGUAUUAAAAUUAGGGUUUAACUGAUCUUUUAAAAAUAAGUUAUUUUAUUGUUAAAACGCUGAAAUACGAGUAUAAAUUUAAAUUAUGAUACUAUCAAUUUAGGUUUUAUUUCGUUUUUUGUUCCCAAUAUAUUUUCUUGAGUUAUUUAAUGUUGAUUAAGGUUUAACUUGUAUACACUGCCCCAAUAUGGCAAUUAUAUUUAUUAAAUUUUUUAUUUUGAUUUUAUUUAUUGUAUUUAUUUGCUUUCCAUUUAUCACUUGGAAAUUGUUCUGAUUUUAAGAUUAAAAACAUAAUUAUUUUUAUAACUUAGUCUAUUAUUCAAUUAUAAUAGACCUUUUAAGACUUAUUUAAUUUUAAACUGUUGUUGUAUUUUAUACUAUUUUACACUUAAACUCUAUAUGCACUUCUUGAUAUGAUUUAUGUUAAUUUACUAAUUUUUUAAAUAACCUAUUUACUACAUAGAUAAAUAAAUUUUAUUAAAUUAUAUUUACAAUCCUUUUAUGUGUUAUAAUAAAAUUAUAACUAAUUUGAUUUUUAAAUUUUCAGACCAAACUCCAAGGUAGUUGAAGAACAAUAUAUGCAACAAGAAAGAAAUUUAUCAUUGGUGUUGUGUAUAACAGUAAGAUAACAAUUCAAAAUGAUCAUAUAAAAGUAAUUUUAUAUUAAGUCUUACAUGCAAUACUUGGUGUAAUUCAUUUACAUGAAAAUAAAAUUUAAAAUUGAUAACGAGGAUAAACUUUUCUAGUGUGAUUUUCGCCAGAAAAAAUAUUCUCAAAACAUCAUUUUAAAAAGAUAUGUAAAAAUUCAUAGCGAAGAAAAACUCUCCAAUGCAAAUAUUAGAAGAAAUUAUUUUGGAUUUAUAAUUUAAAUGUCUAUACAUUUAUAGUGAGAAACCUUUCUAAUGUGAUGUUCGCUAGAAGACAUUUUCUCAAAAAACCAAUUUAAAAAGACUUGUAAAAAUUCAUAGCGAAGGAAAACCUUUCCAAUGUAAGUUGUGCAAGAAAGAAUUUUUUCAGAUUUGUUAUUUAAAUGUCUAUUUAAAUAAUCUAUAAUGAGAUAAAUCAUUCUUUUGUGAUUAUUGCUAGAUGGAAUUUUCUCAAAAAACCAUUUUAAAAAGAUAUGUAAAAAUUCAUAGCGAAGAAAAACUCUCCAAUGCAAAUAUUAGAAGAAAUUAUUUUGGAUUUGUAAUUUAAAUGUCUAUAAAUUUAUUGUGAGAUAAACCUUUCUAAUGUGAUUUUCGCUAGAAGACAUUUUCUCAAAAAACCAAUUUAAAAAGACGUGUAAAAAUUCAUAGCGAAGGAAAAUCUUUCCAAUGUAAGUUGUGCAAGAAAGAAUUUUCUCAGAUUUGUAAUUUAAAUGUUUAUUUAAAUAAUCUAUAAUGAGAUAAAUCAUUCUUCUGCGAUUUUUGCUAGAUGGAAUUUUCUCAAAAAACCAUUUUAAAAAGAUAUGUAAAAAUUCAUAGCGAAGAAAAACUCUCCAAUGCAAAUAUUAGAAGAAAUGAUUUUGAAUUUAUAAUUUAAAUGUUUAUAAAUUUAUAGUGAGAAACCUUUCUAAUGUGAUUUUCUCAAAAAACCAAUUUAAAUAGAUAUUUAAGAAUUCGAAGAAUAGCGAGGAAAUACCCAGGCUUUCUUCUUCUUUCUUUUAAUAUUUUUCUGGUAAUCGGCAUUGUAUUGACAGAACCACUUAUUCAGAAUAAUUAUCAAUUAAUUUUUUUAUCGUGUUUGUGGCGAAUAAAAAAUCCCGGAAUAUGGCCAAAUUUAUUCAUAUCGAUGACUUCAUGGACAUAUUUGUGAAUACGGUCAGAAAAAUAAUCACAAGCAUUUGAAACACAAUAAGGAAAGUUUUGGAUGAUUAUCAGAACAGGUCACAGUUUUUAAUAUUAUUUUUUUGUUUUUUAUUCACUGAGAUUAUAAUACAUUUGGCUUUGUAUUAGAUUUAUUGCUAUCGCUCGAAGAUACUGUAGAUUUAUUUCUAACGUAAAAAAAAAGUUAAAUCAAGUGAAUAUUUAAAAGUAUCAUAAAUUAGGAAAAUCAAUAAAAUUGCAAACGAAUCGAAAAAAGUUGCACUACAAAUUUUUAGAUUCGUACUGGAACGAAUUUAAAACUUAGCAAUAAAUCUGAAUAAUAGAAAAAGAGUUGCAAAUGCAAUAUUCUUCGAGCUCUAAUUAUAAGUAAAUUUCAUGUUUACAACAUUGUCGGGAUCCAAAUUACGUACAUUGACCAUCGCAGGCAAACUACCAUUCGUUCGAUUCUGAAGCAGCGACGAUAGCACAUAAUCUGAUCGAGCUAAUGACAAACUAUUAUGCAGUCUAA